AAGAAAGAAAAAAGAAAAAGAACAAAAAAAGACAAAGAAAAAAUCAGGAAAUCUGGUGUAUUUCCUCUUCUGUUCCUCCGUUCGUGUUUUGCUUUGAUCCACCAACUUCAUCUUCUUACCUUUCGAUUUCAGGUUUGAAAAUCGAUUCUUAUUCGAGUGAUUUGAUUAUCUGAGAAUGGAGCUAAAGAGCAUUAAGGAUGCGUUUGACCGUGUCGCGACGAAGCAGAAACUAUCUUAUAACAAAACAAACGAGAUUGUUCACAUGCUGUCUCAAGAAAUCGACAAGGCGUUGAGUAUAAUAAAGGAGUCUCCGUCAGAUACUGUGCUUGAUCAUAGAUCUAUUAUCUCUGAUGUGAAGAAAGCGUUUGUGGGGAUUGCUCCAGUCACUCAACUUGAAGCUGCUGAGAAAGAACUACACGUGGCUCUCACCAAGUACCCCAAAGUUCUUGAAAAACAGCUGAAUCCAGACAUAUCAAAGGCUUAUAGAAACAAUGCGGAGUUCGAUACGCAUAUCGUGAACCAGAUUAUCGCCAACUUUUUCUACCGUCAAGGGAUGUUCGACAUCGGAGACUGUUUUGUUGCUGAAACUGGUGAAUCUGAGUGUUCCACCAGACAAUCUUUUGUGGAAAUGUAUCAGAUAUUAGAAGCUAUGAAGAGACGAGAUCUUGAACCAGCUCUUAACUGGGCAGUUUUAAACUCAGACAAACUGAAGCAAGCAAGGUCCGAUCUCGAGAUGAAGCUUCAUAGUCUACACUUCCUGGAAAUAGCACAAGGCAAAAACUCAAAAGAAGCUAUCAACUACGCGAGAAAGCAUAUCGCCACAUUUGCUGAUAGCUGCCUCCCUGAAAUCCAGAAGCUAAUGUGUUCUCUUUUAUGGAACAGAAAACUCGAUAAAUCACCCUACUCCGAGUUUCUCUCUCCCGCUCUAUGGAACAACGCAGUCAAAGAGCUAACCCGACAGUACUGCAACCUACUCGGUGAAUCAUCUGAAAGCCCGUUGAAUAUAACCGUAGCAGCGGGUACACAAACGUUACCAGUACUAUUGAAAUACAUGAACGUGAUGGCGAACAAGAAGCUUGAUUGGCAGACCAUGGAACAGCUUCCUGUCGAUGCACAACUAUCAGAGGAGUUCCAGUUCCAUUCGGUGUUUGUCUGUCCAGUAUCUAAGGAACAGUCAAGUGAUGAGAAUCCUCCAAUGAUGAUGUCUUGUGGACAUGUGCUUUGCAAGCAGACGAUCAACAAAAUGUCAAAGAAUGGCUCUAAGUCGUCUUUCAAGUGUCCUUAUUGCCCGACUGAUGUCGACAUCUCAAGGUGUAGGCAGUUGCACUUUUAAAACAAACGAGAAUACCCGGGUGAAAAAUGUAUGAACGGUAAACUGGAACCAAGUUCUGAAUCAGGUGAAUUCUGUCUGUGUCAAAAUGUAACCUUCUGUUCUGUUUUUUGUUUUGUUUCAGGAAGUUUUUAAAAGAUGGCUUUUGUGUACAAAAAUUAUCAGGGAAGGUUUAGAUGAUUGGACAUCCCAUAAGAAUGUGUUUUUGUGUCGCUGUUUGUUUCUUUGUUAAAAAAUUCUGAAUAUAGAAAUUCUUUUUACAUUGCAAAAUUAGUUUAGACA